AUUUAAUCAAGUUGAAAAAUUUAGUCAAAUUGACAACUUUUUUCUCAGUGUAUUGUUUCCACAUCUUUAAAGGUUCUUUAUAUUUUAAGACGAUAUUCUCAAGAUUUCUGUCAAACUUGAGCGGAUUUAUUAACAAAGAUGUAGUAAUCUAUACGUCGAGGGAACCAGAUGCAUUUCAAGUUUCCCCGCUUCUCGCUGCGUAAUCUACAGGGACGAUCGGCUCCGUUUCGAACUUCUUCUUGUGCUCCCGCAUCGCGGCUCAAAAAGAGUUAAAUCCUUACGCGCGAUCGCACACGCACACGCGACGAGGCAGACGCGGCAAGAUCGCACACGUGUUGCGUGCCUGUCGAUGCACGCAGUGAUCCCCCGCGACCCCACGAGUUUACAGGCAUCUCUCUCCUCCUUUCCCUGCCUCAUGAGAAUGCUCGUGUAGGUAGUUUGACACGGUCGUAAAAGACGGGCGUUUUAAUACAAUUUACAAGAAAGUAUCGAGCUGGACGGUUGGCGCGCCUCGAGCCGCUCUACUGGGUGUGUCGGGUGAAAUCGAUCGGCGAUCGUUCCCUUUCUCUCUCUCUCUCUCUCUCUCUCUCUCUCUCUCUCUCUCUCUCUCUCUCCUCGUUAACGCCCGAGAUCCGAAUCAUUUCUGUCGCGAAAACGCGACCAGGUUAAUUGCGCCACGCGAGCUAAAAAAGGAGCCGAACGAUUUACGGCCAGAGUGACAAUUUAAUCCUCGACGGACGUAAGAAUAAGGCGACACUUAAUUAUUAAUCGACAACUGAACGGUUGUUAAAAGAUCGGUUAAUUGAUACGCGAUACUCAUUAAGGGGUUUCUGUUUCCGAAAGUAUUUCUUAUAUGGAAAUUUUUAUAUAAGAAUUUUAUAUAAAGACGCGCACUGACAUUCCGAGAAAUUGCGGCAAACUGAAUUUUAUACUCUUAAUCAAUAAUAUAAUUUCUUUUAUUCUGUUUAAUUUUAUUUUCCUUGUGAGAAAGAAUCAGCUAAUUAAAUCACGUAGACUUAAAAAAAAAAUUAAUCAAAAUAUGACUAGUUUUAAAAAUAAGGGUGUUCCCGAUUGAUUGCAGGCAACAGUUAGUCUCGUCGAGAGCAACAAUCACUCGAUAUUCUCUUUCUCUUCCAAAUUCCGCAACUUUUGAGACCACACCAAGUUUAGAGAGACGGUAAGGGGGAGCCGAUCUCGUUAUCCAAAACUUAUGUUUUUCGCGAGAGAGGCGUCGAGUGCGACUCGAUGAUUCCCUCGGGCGUUCCCGAGGCGGAAAUUGCUCGCCGCGGAGAUUAAGGAGCCUCGAAGAGGCCGAGAGAGGAUGCUUCGGUAGACGCUUUGAUCGCUCCUCUCUCUCUCUCUCUCUCGUCUGUCCUACUUCGUCGUCAUCUUCGGUAUUGUACUAAGAAGGACCGUUUUUAAUAAGCGGCAAUUAGCCAGACGGGAAAGAGAGAGGGGGAGGGGGGAAGGAGGGGAGGGAGAGAGAGACGACGUCGUAGGCGCCGGUCCUUACCAAGCGGAGAUUUUUGUACCGUUUCAUGGUUACCUCGUUGUCGUCAGUUAUACGUUACCGAGACAUCGCGCGAGUGACUGCCUCGUAAAGCCCGUGAAAUAUUGCAUUUGACGCGACGAGCGAUUCUCUUAAACGCCCUCCCUCGAAGUCUGUGGGAAGAUGAUCGAAACCCUAUCUCCGUGCGCUCACGUGUGUACCACCCGGACUCUCAUCCUCCCGCUCACGUUGAUCACGCUAUUCGCGACCGGCUGUUUUGCGCGACCGUUAGCCACGACAGUCGGGAUUGAUAAAAUUAUCAUAUCUUCAAGUUUAUCAGAAGAUAAAAGUUGAAAUUCGUGGAGAAGCGAGCUUCGGAUGUUAUACGGGAAACUAAUUAAUUGUACGCGUAAUUGCGAAAAUAAAAGAACAUUUAAUCACAGAAUUACGCGCACAUAAUUACGAAUUAGGAACGAUAAGAUCCCUUAGUAUCGCUUAGAAUUAAAUCGACAGAGGAAGAGAAUUUUUAACUAUCUUCACUAUUUAUCUAUACAUGUCAUUGACGACAUAAAGCCACGGAACCACGAUUAUUAAUUUAAAUUUGUUUCGCGAUGGAAAAAAAAAGUGAUGCCGGUCAGCAUAAAAUCCAAGCCACGCGCGUAAGUAACAUUGGCUGAAUAAUUUUCAGCCGGAUUUGAAACUGAUGAAAGCAUAACGGAUAACGUUAUCAAGCGGGCAUUAAUGGUAUGCAUUAUACCGAACACCCGACGAUGGAGAUUAAGCACAAUUAUACGCGAUCGACGGCGCGGUGCAUCACGAGAUUUAGUGCGCGAAUCCGUGCAACAGCAUAAAUCCGAGGUUCGGCGCAGUUUUACUUCUGCCACCGGGAAAGAUCGAAGAGAGCGUAUAGAAGCGGACCGCGGCGAAUUAUGGACGAUCAACGGAAGCCGAUUCGCCGAGCCAUUCGAAAUCAAUUAAUUAUCGGGAUAAUUAAACUUUCAGCUUUCACAUGCAGCCCGCGGGCGAUUAACGCGGCACGUUAAUUUCGAUCUCUCCCGAGUCUGUAACCGCGAUGCACUCGCGAUGCAUUCAAAAUCUCGCUGAAUUUUCCCUCCCCCGAUCUGGUCGCGCGCCCGACGAGUCAAAUAGCGCGCAAAGCUGAUCGACAUGAAUCUUGCAAAUGUAUUAUCCGCCAAGUCGCGAAAACUAGCGCUUUCAAAACGCGCGACUCGAUAAAUCAGCCGUUUAAGAAAGGAAUUCACGUCAAAGAAUAACGAGCAGAAACGAAACCUUUGUGGUAAAGUAUUACUUGCGAGAUAACUCUACAAGCUUUCUACUCUAUUCCUUCAUUCUAUUCUCUAAAUUGCAAUCAGUGUAUUAUCAUUGAUUUGCUAUGAUAUACUUAUAGCUGUGAUAAUUGGUGCAUUCGGUAUCUUUUAGUGAUUUUCACUUCGGAAUUAGUGUAUAAUCACCGAAAGAUUAAUGUAUUUAUUUCACUGAUUGACAAGUUAUAAGUAUAUACACAGUAAAAAAUAUUUUGUAUUUGUGUUAAAAUUUUUCCUUGUAAAAAGUUUUGUGUUAAAUUUUUAACACAGUUGUGUGUUAAUUUACCAUAUUACUGUUGUGUUAUUUGGACUUUUGUAUGUUAAAUUAAUAUUAACUAUUUUUAAAAGUUAAAAUAACACAAUUUAUACGUAAAUACAUGAAAUCUUGGUGACGUAUUUUAUAUGUUAAAGUGAACAAAUAAAAUAUGUUACUUUCCUCUUUGUAACAGUUACCAUGUGUUAAAUGAACAUAUUUCUCAUGUUAUUAUAAAGAGAUCGUUGUCUUAUACCGUUUGAUUCCCCCCAAACCCCACGCAACGCGACGUUCUUGUGUUUAUAGCCGCUGCAACAGACCAACAAGUCCCUGCGUGUAGCGAACACGGAUGGCGUAGCGUAUGUACCUCACUUUUCUCACUUUAGUGAUUAUGUGUAAGUGUGAAGUUAUCGCUUGAGACUACCGUGUUUUUUUCUGCAUAAGAAGCAUUUUUCUAAUUCCCACUCAGUGAUCUCAGUGUGUCGAUUACGACCGUCAUAAUUAGCUCGCCGGCUAUUGAAUUCCAUUGAAAACGAAAUUAAUUGUAUAAGCAUCAACUACGUCGAUAAAGAAUUAUAGUCGCAGAAUAGCGCCAAACGAAUUUGAAAAACAAGGGGAUUGUUUUAUUUUUCUACGCAAGAGUAAAAUCGUGUGCGAAUACGAAACUCUGGACAAAAUUCUUAUUCCUCUAUAUUUAUCGUUAAACAUGCAGGAAAUUAAUAUAAAUUAUUUAUUCUGCGUUUUGCAAUAUAAAGAUGAUAAAGUAUGGGUAAAAAUUGAAGAGCCAUGUAAUUUUCACCAUUUUAUUGUAAAAGCCGAAGAAACUUUUCCCUCAUUAAGAAAUACAGAUUUCAUAUUCACUGACAUAAACAAUGCUAAACUGGAAUCAGAUAUUUUAUUGGAUUAUGUUCGAAUAAAUCCACGAGGAGUUAUAAUUAAAAUAAAAACUGUUACAAAUAUCAUUGAUAUCUCAUUUUCGCAAACUUCUGAAGAAAUAAAUAUACCAUCUACAAGUUCAGAUAGAGAUGCAGGUAGUUCUAUUGUAGUAUCAGAUAUUUCUGAUAUUAGAUCGGAUAGUGAUCCUGAAGAAUAUGCAUCAUCCUCAAAAAAAUGCAAAUUAAAUACUACCGCUUUGGAAAAUGAAAUUAUAUCAAAAAAUAAAUUACGUAAAAUAAUAAAAGAUUCGGCGUGCGGACAAGAAAUACUUAACGAUUAUGAAAAAAAUAAAUAUUUAUCGGAAAGGAGUAGAAGGCUUGUAGUAAAAAUUGUUGUGCAACAUUUAAUAAAAUAUAAAGAGAAAGUAAACAGACAAAUUUUAUCUCAUGAAAAAUGUAGUUAUGCACAAGCUAUUAUUGACCUCUUUCCAAAUUUAAAAAACACUGAAGGUGAUCUUGGCUAUGAACAUUUUUAUAAUCCUGAAACUGGUACUGGAUAUAUUGCUUCACGUUUAUCGAACGUACAACGAAAGAAAAGCGUUUCAAAAAUUGUUUUUAAUAAAAAACAAAAAGAAAAUAUCGAAAAUAUCAAUAUAAGAACUGAGUAUGCUGAUGAAACAGAUACUAUUAAAGACUCUAUAGAUUUUAUGAAACAUGCAACAUUGGAACAGAAAGAUAAAAUUAUAGAAAAAACUAAAGAAACUUUUAAAGUUAGACGAUAUUUAUAUAUGAAUGAAAAUUUUUUUAAUGUAUUUCCGAGAUUUUUGGACAUCCCGGAUUUGAUUGAUGUAGAAUUUAAUCUACUUUUUCCUGAAGUUGAACAAGACAAAUUUUGCCAAAUAUAUGUAGAAUAUGUUAAUGCUAUUUUAUCAGUUUACGAGACUGAAAAGAAUAACAUUUCUCUUGAAUGGAGUCGUGUUACUAACUCCUUUAUUGCCUUGACACUAUUGUUACCACCAACAGCAAGAGGAAAAAAAUUAGCUGCAAGAGAUAAAGCAAACAAUAUUGUCAAAAAAUUGAUUGUUUUUGUGCAGAACGGAACACCGUUGCAUUCAAAUGAAAACGUUAAUCAACCAAGACUUGUCGUUGUCGGUCCUAACAAAAUAGCAUUUGAACAAUGUUUUCUUGAAAUAGACAAGAAAUUUAUUUUACUACCAACGAAUGAUAUAAUUAAGUCAAUUGAUUAUUUGUUCAAAGCUCACUAUGUUUUUCAUGUCGAAUUUGAGAAUGAUCUUAAAAAUUUUUGGAUUUUUCUUCAACAUUAUUAUUACAAAAUUCCAAUGUUACUUAUGCAAAUAUAAAACAUUAAAGAUUAAAGACAUAUCUCGUCACUUACGUGAUGUACAUAUAUUGUUUGAGAGCUCUAAUCUUAUUUUAAAAUGUUGCGCAAAUACAGAUUGUCCUGCUGUUUUUAGAACAUAUUGUGGCUUUACAAAACAUUUAAAAAAAUGCAUUCUUCUAAAAGAAUCUGUACCUUCCACAAGUAACGAUUAUGCACAACCAAAUAUUAAAAGUUAUGAGGAUUUUGAAGAUCUUGAUAUUACAAUUGAUAGUUGUAAUUCAGCUAAUAAUGUAGAUUUAUUAAAUAAAUCAUAUAUUGAAAAAAAUCAACUAACAGAAACAAGUAUAAAGAAAAAUCAACUACAGAAAACUAUUUCGAAUUACGUAGCACAUUUAUAUUCUUUACGUUUGCCUGAUCUCGUUAUAACAAAUAUUUUAGAAACAACAUUAAACUUAAUAUUUCCACUUAUUGAUGAUAUAUCAUUGAUUUCAAAUUUGGAUGAGCGUCAAAGUCUUACUAAUGACUUUAAAGUUACAUUUGAAAAUCAUUUGACCGUGUAUAAACGAAAUAAAAAUUUGUCACCAAAUUUUAUUCAGCCUAUUAAAAAAGCUCAUGGUGUUGGAAUAAAAAAAAAAUAUGAUAGUAAAAUACAAUGCUAUAAACAAGUUCCAGUAACACGUACGUUUACGUAUGUACCUAUAUUAAAAACUCUUCAGUUUAUAUUAAACAAUAAAGCUGUUCAACAAUACUUUACUAAUGAUAUUACGGUAAAUAGUAAUGCUUACACUCAUUUCGUUGAUGGUAAAGUUUAUAAAACUAAUAAUUUUUUUCAAUUAAAUAAAAAUGCAAUUCAAAUUCAACUUUAUUUCGAUGAAUUUGAAGUAUGUAAUCCUUUAGGAAGCAAAACUGGAACUCAUAAAAUUGGAGCAUUUUAUUUUACAAUUAAUAACUUUCCUAUUUAUAUUAAUUCAAAAUUAAAAAAUAUUUUUUUGGCAGCGUUAUGUUAUAAUGCUAAUAUUAAACAAUUUGGAAUAAAUCCUGUAUUAGAAGUAAUUGUCAAUGAUAUUAAAAUUCUCGAAAAUCACGGAAUAUUUAUUGAGUCUUUAAACACAUACUUAAAAGGUACACUAAUAUCUACAUCUUGCGAUAAUUUAGCAGCAGUUAUGUUGUUGGGCAUGAAUGAAUCAUUUAAUUCUCAUUAUUAUUGUAAAAUCUGUACAAUGAAUAAAAAAGAAGCCCAAAAAGCAUGUAUUGCAAACUCAAGUUUAUUACGAAGUACGGAAAGUUUUGUUUAUUUAGCAGAGCAACAAAAGUAUGCAAACAACGAUACAAUAAAUUUUUUUGGAAUAAAACAUAAAAGUGCACUGUUAAAUUUAGCUUAUUUUAAAAUUUCAAAAAAUCUCAAUAUUGAUGUAAUGCAUGAUUUCUUAGAAGGAAUUUGCCAAAGAGAUUUAAAAUUAUUUAUAAAUUUUUGUAAAGAAUCUGGACUUAUUACUUUAAAUGAUUUAAAUGAUAAAAUACAAGCGUUUGAUUAUGGCUUAUGUAAUAAACAAAAUCAUCCAAGCAUUAUACUUCUCAAUAAACAUUCAAAUUUAAUAGGACAACGUGCAGCACAAACUCUUUGUUUAAUAAUUUUUUUGCCUUUAAUUUUACAAGAUGUAGUUCCAAAACUUUAUGAGAAUUUUAAUAAAUGGAAAGUAAUUUUACUACUCUUAAAAAUGUUAAAAAUUGUUUUAUCACCAAGGAUUACACCUAGUAUGUUAAAUGAUUUACAAACAACCAUAAAAGAACAUCAUGAACUUAUAAUUAAAGAAUAUUCUGUUUUUUUAACACCAAAAGAUCAUUUUAUCACUCAUUAUCCUAUGAUAAUAGAAGAAAUGGGUCCUCCUAGAGCUUACUGGACCAUGCGAUUUGAGAGCAAGAAUGGCUAUUUUAAAGAUUUAGCUCAUAAAUUAAAAAAUUUUAUAGAUGUUGCAUUCACUCUAUCAGUACGUCAUCAAAAAUAUAUUAUCUUUGAGUGGGAAAACAGAUUUAGUUUUUUAGAUGAACCAAUCCUCAAAAAUUUUAAAAAAGAAAGUUUAAAAUCUACUGAUUAUGCAACAAUAAUUGCAAAAAAUUUAAAUAUUACAUGUAAUACUUUUAUUUACGUUGGAAAAAGUGUACAAUUUAGGGGUACAAAUUUAAUAUUAAAUAAGUUUAUAUGUACAUCUUUUUCUGAAAAGUUUCCCAAUUUUGGUAAAACAAAGUUAUUUUUUGCUCUAAAUUCUGUAGUGUAUGUUUUAUUUGAAAGUUGGAGUACUAUUGAUAUAUCUCCAAUAAAUUUAGGAUAUAUUGUAAAAAAUAAUUCUUUAUUAUUUACAAUAAAAAUGGUAAAUUUACCAUUUACUAAAGCUUGGGAAGCGUACACUUCAGAAAAUCAUACGACAGUUAUUACUGAAUAUUUUUUAUAAUAUAAUAUAUAUAAUGUAACAGUACACUGACAGAAAAGAAUGCUUAAUUUAAAUAAAUAUGUAUUUGAAUCAAGCAUCCUUUUCUGUUAGUGCAAUGUAUAAUACUCUUGUAUCUUAUAUAAUACUUUUAUAUUGAAUAAAUAUUGAAUAAAACUAAUUUGUGCAAAAAA